GAACAUUUUGCACAAACUUGUUUUCUUGUUGAAGAAAGUAGACUUAGUUUGCAGGACCAGCACAUGCCAAAAAAUACAUAUGAAGAGUAACAUUUAACACCAUCAAGGACACUUUGCACAGCAUAAUGACAACUUUAUCACAGACAAAGGAAAUCUUCCGGAGAGCAGAUGCUGUGUGCUUCGACGUGGACAGCACUGUUAUCAGAGAAGAAGGCAUUGAUGAGCUAGCCAAAUUCUGCGGGGUUGGAGAUGCUGUCACAGAAAUGACUCGCAAGGCCAUGGGGGGGUCAGUGACUUUUAAAACUGCUCUGACGGAGCGCCUGUCCAUCAUCCGAUGCUCGAGGGAACAAGUGAACAAACUGAUAACUGACCACCCUCCCCAGUUGACGGCAGGUAUUAAGGAGCUUGUUGAUACUCUGCACCAGCGCAACGUGAAGGUGUUCCUGGUCUCUGGCGGUUUCCGCUGUAUCGUGGAGCAUGUCUCCACUCAACUCAACAUUCCCCUCCAUCACGUGUAUGCCAACCGCCUCAAGUUCUACUUCAAUGGUGAGUUCGCUGGCUUUGACGAGACCCAGCCCACAUCUGAGAGUAAUGGGAAGGGGAAGGUGAUCAGCAUGCUCAAGGAGAAGCACGGCUUCAAGAACGUGGUGAUGAUCGGUGAUGGAGCCACAGACCUGGAGGCCUGUCCCCCUGCAAAUGCAUUCAUUGGAUUUGGUGGAAACGUGGUUAGGCAGCAAGUAAAGGAGAGAAGUUUGUGGUACGUCACAAGUUUUAGAGAGCUGCUAAAAGAACUGGAGAAGAUUUAACAACAAGGAAAUACCAUAACCUGAACCCUCUUACAACUAUUGUUACAAAUGCUAACAUCAGUGUUUUAUUUUCACCUAAUGGUGUUAUCCAGUGCACAAUAUUUUUUAUUUCCAGUCAAUAGAUUUUUUUUAUUAAUAAAUGUUUACACUACAAUAGUGUCUUCUUGGGUUUGACCCCUGUUGAUUUUUAUACUAGAUGAUACUAAAAAAAUUAAAGUUAACUAAAUGUUAUCCUUUUUGGAGGGUUUUGAGCAGGGUUGGAGUCCAUUCGAUUUCAUUUCAGUAUGUUUGUUUAAUUCCCGAAUUCAAUGAAUUGAACCCAACCCUGGAUUUGUGUGUUUUUUAAACUGCACUUUUGUGGUUUUGUCCUUACUUCAAACUUUUGUAGGAAAGGUAAUAAAACUACUGCAUUUUACAAUAUGUGCCAUUAAAUGCCUUUAUAGAUGUAAAUGUUUUGCCAUUGACACUAAUAA